UGGAAAUGAGCUUUAUGUAUAGACACACCCAAAAGAAACAUUUAUUUGAUGAGAAGUUAUAUCGCGUGGCCUGCAUUUUAUGCAUCUCGGAACACUAUACGUUUAUGCGUCUUCGUGUUAUGAUACAAAAAAAUGCGUUAAUUAUAACCUUACGAUUAGAAGCUCUCUUAUUUUUAAACUACCCGGAAUCUCAGUAUAACGUAUUGCUGUUGUCUACGUAAAACUACAUAUACCAUUAUGAAGUUUUCAGAAGGUGAUGAGGUACUUGUGAAACAUUCAAGUACUGGCAAAUAUUGCAAAGGUAAAAUAUUACGUACAAGAGGUGAACAUUAUAAAGUACGACUUGAAACAGGCAUUGAACAAUAUGUUCAUUCAACCGAUGUUAAGAUAAAUAGGCCAUCAAGAAGUACAACAAGAAGUACCAGUAGAGGUAAAAAAAGUCCAACUAGAAGUUCAUCAGCUAGAAAGUCUCCACGUAAACAUUCACCUGCACGAUCUACAUCUGUAAAUAAACAGAUUAAAAGAAAUACAAAAUCUGCAAAAAUUUCUUUGUCACGAAUAGAUGCACCAAGUGCUGGAUAUAUAAAUGAUAAAAUCAUCGAUACAAAAAGUAUAAAUGAUGAUGAAAAUUCUAUUGAAUCAAUGCCUCUUCAAUCACGUUUGACAGAAAUGAGAAUGGUUACACGUAGAUCAACAAGAUUGUUAAAUAGUACGCUAAAACCUGAAUCAGAGCAUAAAAUGAUUUUGUUAACAAGAAACAUUGAUCGAGCUGUUUCACUUCCUUUAGAAAGGAAAAAUCAGCAGCUGCACGAUUUUAAUAUUGAAGGAAAGGAAAGAGGUUAUUCAGUACAAAGAGAUCAAGAUUUACUAAAAACUUUGAGUUCUGAAGAAGAUGCAAAUACAAAUGCACAAGUGAUAGAAAAACGAAAAAGAGAAAUCAAAAUGGUCAGUGAGCCACAAGAAUGGGGAGGAUGGUUUGGAACUCUCAUUCUUAUAUUUUUAUCUCCUGUGAUUAUGAUUUUACCACAAUUAAUGUGUACAAAAAAUAAAUGUACAUUUGAAUACCCUAACAUAUCUAGAGACCUAAAUUCUUAUAUAAAUUUAAAAGUUUUUACUGCAUAUUUGGGUCUGUUUUUAUUUGUUAUAAUUUUUUCAAUUACACCGAUUGGACGAAAAAUUGAUGGACUACAAAGUAGGAUAGAGAGAUUACAGUAUCGUAUAAAUGGUUUCUUGUGUGGCCUUUUAUCAAUAAUUAUAUUUUUUGCGUGUAUGUAUACAGAAUUUGAUAUUAUUGAUCUCAUUCUGCAAAAUCACAUACAAUUUGCAAUAAGUGGUUGGAUUAUUGGAAUAAUCUUAUCACUGUUGCUAUUUAUAAAGGGAGGCAGAGCUCCUAUAGCUAAUCUAAAUAUACAUGGAUCUACCAAUAGUGUGAUAUAUAAUUUUUGGCAAGGAAGAGAAAUAAAUCCACGAAUUGGGCCAGUAGAUUUUAAAAUAAAUCUUUUCCGGACUUCUAUGAUAACGAUUAUUCUUAUAAACUUAUCCAUUGUGAUCAAAGCAAUUGAAGAAACGGAAAUUUACAGUUUACAGCGCCUUAAUAUAGGUAUUUUAUUAGGUACUUCAUUACAAAUAAUUUAUGCAAUGGACGCACUGUUAUUUGAAUCCGCAAUGCUAACAACUUUCGAGAUAAUGUAUGAAGGAACUGGGUAUAUGCUUUGUACUGCAUAUAUGAUAUAUCCAUUUUUACCGACUCUUACAACGAAGUAUAUGUUGUAUCAUAAAAUAGAACCUACUUACGUAUUUAUCUUUCCUGUAUUCAUGUUUGUACUUGGUUAUUUGCUAUAUAGAAUUAGCAAUUUACAAAAAAAUGAAUUUAGAAGGAAUCCUUUGUCUCCAUCAUUAAUGCACUUAGAAACUAUACCAACUGUCCGUGGUAAGAAGCUUAUAGUGUCUGGAUUAUGGGGUUAUGUAAGGCAUCCAAAUUAUUUAGGUGAUAUGAUAAUAUGGUGGUCAAUAUCGUGUAUAAGUUUAGUAAUUGAUAUUUUGCCUUAUUAUUAUGCAAUUAUAUGUACAAUGUUGUUAAUAUAUAGGGCGAUAAGAGACAAUGAACGUUGCAAAAUGCGCUAUGGUUUAGCUUGGGAACAGUAUAUAUCACGUGUUAAGUAUAUGAUUUUAUAUCGUAUAUUUUAGGGAAAUAUAAUGUGUAUAAAAUAUUAGUAAGGUAUUUUUAGAUACCAAAA